AUCAUUUUUGACCAUGGGGUUAUCUUUUGGUCCCCAUGAGGAAAACAGCUCAUAAACCAUACUUUUUAAAAAGGUAAAAAAUGCAGAAAGUUUUCUUUGAUGGGUAGGUUUAGGGUUAGGGGAUAGAAUAUACAGUUUGUACAGUAUAAAAAUCAUUAGGUCUAUGGAAAGGUCAUUAGGUCAUAAAACAUGGAAAGCAGUGUGUGUGUGUGUGUGUGUGUGUGUGUGUGUGUGUGUGUGUGUGCUGUAAUUUUUAUAAAUAUUAAAUCCAAGGAUUUAUAUGUACACCUAAUUUUUCAUCUGGUUAACAAGACCCUAUGGCAAAACUAUAAUCUAAAAAGGAAAUAAUUCAUUACUUUAAAACAUUUAUUUUCUAUUUAUUAAAUAAGUAUCAUUAAAUUAUUGCAUUAACUUUAAUAAAGUUAUUUUGUGGUUAAGUAUUUUUUUCGUUUCUUUCUUUUUUUUAAUUUUUUUUUUUUUUUUUAUUAAUCUGUUAUAUAAGUUGUGAAAUAUUCACUGCUAGAAGAGCAUACUCAGAAUGUUUGUAUGUUUCAUAUGGCUAGUCAUUAACAGGGCUAUCAAUUAUUGACUGCGACCUCUGGUGCUCUGCCUUAUUUUACCAUAUUGUUUGUUAUGCAGUGCGGCAGACAAAGUACUCAGAGACGAAAGUACAUUGACAGCUUGAUCUGCAGUGUCAUAUGCGUCAUAAGGCCAGUGAAACACGUAUCUCACAACUGCUUGAAGUGCACUGACCUAAAAUGUGGAGAGAAGAGGGAACAACAAAAAGCAAACAGCAAGCUUUAUCAUAAAGAACAUCUGGAGCAGUUGGGGGGUUGAAAAAAAGAGCUGUCUGCAUGUUUCAGGUCAACUACUAGAAGUGCUGCUACUCUCUUAGAGCUAUGUGAGAUGUAAUGAUAUGUGCGCACAAUGGCCAGUCAGAAUGCCAGUGGUGAUGAGCAGAUGCAACUGAUCCAAGUUGACCCCGUCCGGAGGAACAUUUCACUGGCGCUGACCCAGAUCUUUGUGUGGCCCUUCAUCUACCUCAUCUUCCUCAUGCUCUUAAUAUUCUCCAAGAAAGAGACUUUCAGAACAGAGACACGCUAUAUAUUGUUUGGUCACUCUCUCUUGGUAGACCUAAUAUUUCUUUGUCUGACAGAUUUUGUGGUGCUCUUAUCAUACAACUUUGUUUUAUUACCUCUGCAUUUCUGUAUCCCCAUAUGCAUGUUAACGGAAGCAGUUGCAGUAAGUGCACCAUUAACCAUCGGUGCCAUGUGUGUGGAGCGCUAUGUGGCCAUUUGCAUGCCUCUCCGACAUCAUGCGAUCUCCACCUCUAGAAGAGCUAUAAUGGUGAUUUUAAUGAUUUGGAUCCUGAGCUCCAUAAACCCCUUUGUUGAUAUGUUCAUUCUCAUCAGCACUGCCUCUCGUGAAUACUUGUCUCAGCUCACACACUGCCACUAUGAGAUUAUGAUUCCGGAUAAGAUUCGUCAUUUUGCUAGGGGUCUGUUGUAUAUUGUGGGGCUUGUGGCUAUUUUGAUCAUUGAAGUCUUUUGUUAUGUAAUGAUAUAUAUUGCUGCACGCGCAGCAUCUGGUGACAAGAAGUCAGCAGCAAAAGGGCAGCGAACCAUUUCCCUCCACAUCCUUCAGCUGCUUUUAUGUACUGCCGAGGUGAUGUGCCCUUACAUUGAGGCUGUAGUUAUGGAGUAUGAUAUUCAUUCAUAUCUGACUGUCCGAUUUAUAAAUUUCCUGGCAUUUAGUAUCACUUCUAGAGCAGUAAGUCCUCUUGUCUAUGGGUUCAGAGAUGAGAAAUUCUAUGCAGCCAUGGCUUACUAUAUCAGAUGCAAAAACAAUGUUAUCUCAUCUGACACUGAUAAACUAUAAUGAUUAUCUUUUUUUAAAGGAUUUUGAUCUUGCCUAAAUUCCUUUCAAAAUGUCAUGAAGUAAAAUUUGUAAUGCAUCAAAACUCAGUUUUGGUUGACCAACUACCUAAACAUCCCAUACUAAUUGAUAUAUUCUAAUAAUGAAGAUCUAGAGUUUUAAAUUGUCUGGCCAACAGCAAGAUUUGUCUUGGGAAAUGUAGUGUAUUGUUUAAGGGUGACAUCUGUUGACUUAAGUAAACGUGACUGUCAGAAUCAACUUACAAAGAUUUAGAGAGUAUUUUAUUUAGUGUAUCACAUAAUCGAUUACAAUA